UUAGGGUUAUGUUUUAUUUAUUAGAUGGACUUAUUGUAAGGCCAUAAAUGGACCAUAAAUGGCAUAUCCUGGGACUAAGUUUGGCCCUGGGUGUCACUGCCAUCAGUGCAUCCUUUGUGGCAGGCAUGUACCUGCAACACGAACAUGCCACAAGACGUUUGCAGCAUUUAAUUCAAAAGGAUCCCUAUGCCUACUAUGUUAGUCCCAAAUUUAUAAAGUGGUAAGAGUUAUUUGCUUUCUUUGAGAGCCACGAUGAGGCCAACUACCGUAUGCGCCAAAUCAUGAAGUAUGGCUUUCCGGGUCUGGAUGACUUAAGACUAUACAGUGACUUUGUACUCUCCUAUGAUCGACGGAACCGAGUGGCUCAUUGGGUGUGUGAACACCUCCAGGCGGAGAGUAUUCAUUCGGAACGAGGGGUACGACGUCGAAGUCCUUUUCAAGCGGAUAUGAAUGUGCCCUCCAACUUUCGUUCCGAAUUGACAGACUAUCGAAGAUCCGGUUUUGAUCGCGGUCAUCUGGCAGCCGCUGCUAAUCAUUACUUACAGCAGAAUCACUGUCAGGAUACGUUCUUUCUCACCAAUAUAGCGCCACAAAUUGGCAAGGUUAAUCAAGGAGCUUGGAACAGGCUGGAGAUAUAUGUAAGAUCUCUGGUCAAUCGCUUUGGAUCCGUCUACGUGUGCACGGGUCCCCUCUAUAAACCUAAACAGCGGUCUGGUGGCAAAUUCGGAGUGGAAUAUGACAUGAUAGGAGUCAAUAUGGUUGCGGUUCCCACUCACUUUUUCAAGGUUAUUAUGGUGGAAUCGAAUCAGCAUCUGGGCAAGCCUUAUAUGGAGGGGUAUGUCCUGCCAAAUGCUACGAUACCAGAUAACCUGCCAUUGCGAUCCUUUCUCUGUGACAUCCGAGAGAUUGAGCACUAUGCUGGUCUGAAGUUCUUUGAUGGCCUGAGGAGAAGUGCCUUGUUUGGCAGCAAUUAUCCCAGUGAGUCCCAGGUUUUUCGAGAUUUUGGUUGACCUUAAAUUAAAUUUGGACUUGCAAAU